CCGAACCUGUUCUAUUCGUUAUAUUUGAAACACGUUGCCUACUCGUCCCAAUGACUACUAUGACGACGGUAAUGCACUUUCUGUGUAUUUUAUCGAUUGCGAUCGCGGUGGCGGUAGAAAUUCCACAGAUCGACGAUCAUACCGAAAAUCGAUUUGCGCGAGUGGCUUACGGCGAGGACUAUGAUCACGAGAAGUAUGAGUACGUGGUAAUGCUAUUGGGAGAGGAUGAAAAUUCAUCGGAGAUCGCGUCACUAUGCUCGGGAUCGUUGUUAUCGCCAAUAGCGGUGUUGACCGCCGCUCACUGCACCUAUGGCAUGACCGCAUCCAAGCUUACCGUCGUAGUUCCUAAAACUGCUUCUGAUGAUGUUCGUCUGUCCGAAGUCCAGAAAAUAUAUCAACAUCCAGCGUACAAAAAAUUAAAAACCUUCGCUGAUUUAAGUUUGUUGAAAAUUAAGAGACCGUUUAUAAGUAUCAAACGUUUCGCGUCAAUUGCCGGCCUUCCUAGUGAUUUCGUUGGCAACACAGGACGAAAAUGCGUCGCCAUCGGGUUCGGCGAUAAAGCGCCGGGUGAUAUGUCGGAAAACGGGCAAAUAAUAAAUAUCACCAUCCAAUACGGCAGCGACAAAUGCAAAUCCAUGCUGGAAGAUGAUGGGUUCAGUAAUGAACUUGGAAAAGCAGUGCACGAAGAAUUCUUAUGCUCAACAAACGACAAUCAUACGGUGUGCCAUGGAGACAGCGGUGGUCCGUUGAUAUGUGGCGAACACCAAUUUGGCGUGUCUAGCAAUGUUAUCGUUGGCGAACAAGACGACAAUCAUUGCGGUAGGUAUGAAGACAUGAGCAGGUUCGUGUUUCUCUACCAUUACAGGGACUGGAUAUCAUCAAGUAUGGACUCUAUAAACGACGGGAAGUCUGACCUACUACACCAUCGGUUAUUUGUCAACAUCUUAGCGACAUUAAUCGUGUUGUGUGUACAAAAUUAAAAUGCUACAUUUGAUUUACUUAUAUAAUUGUUAUUGGUAAAAAACUAAUGUAGUCACACUGGUAAGCAUCCCACAGGCUCACUUUUCAAA